UCUCUCUCUCUAACCACCCACUCUGGUCAGUCAUCACCCCCACCACAACCCCAUGCCCUCCACCAUUUCCAUCGACAGUUACUGCUCUCUCUCCUCCCAACCCUAAUCCCUCUCUCUAGACAGAGCGAGCGAGCGAGCGUGUGCCUUUUGAAAGAUCCCUUCUUUUCCCUUUCAGCUCCUCCUCGCCCCAAUCCUUCUUUUGUCACGAGAUGUGGCUCGCCCCAAACUAGCACCACCACCACCACCACCAGUAGAGCAAGAGACGGAGCGCGGCGAAAGCUCGGGCAAAGCGGCAGCGUCGGCAGAUUCCCGGGGCGUCGCCGCUAUUUUACCACCCCGGCCGAUUCACCGACGGAAGAUCCAACCCCCACCCCACCCCACCCCAGCUGUCGGCGGCCCCCUAACCCCCGGGGCGCCUUUAUCCACCGGGGAUUUCUCGUCGUUUCUCGGGCCAGAGGCGGCGCCGCUCUGGACCUCUUCCGCCGCGGUGGCCUCAUAUAGCUCCGGGCCUCGAUCCGCUGGUUUUCGGCGGGGCCGGGGGAGGCGGUUCCGGAUGACUUCUUGAGCCGGGUUGCGGCGUCCGCCCCUCUUCGUCGAGCUUGUUCGAUUGGUUUGGGGGAAAGUUGGUUCUUGCGGCGCCCGGCGAGCGGUUCCGGCGUGGCUCGGUUCCAAUCGGGGGAAAUGGCGGCCCUGCGGCCCCGGAGUUGACCAAUCUGGUCUGGCCGAGCGCUCGCGGCUGCCAUGGCGGAUUUGGGGCUCUGGAACCAGGGGUGGACGUGGGUCCUCUCCCAGAAGCACGUCGUCGCCUGGGCGCACGCCGCGGCGGGCUGCGGCAGGGACCGCCUCGCCUUCCUCGUCGACCGCCACUGGCCGGCCGUGUCCCGGGCCUGCGCCAGCUCCUCGCGCCUCCUGCUCGAGGCGCUGAGGCAGUGGCGGGGCUGCACGGCGCGGGGCCUCCUCGCGCUCGCCAGCCUCGGCCCCGCCGCCGUCUUCGUCAUCCUCUGGAGCUGCUUCGUGUGCAUGACCUCCUCGGCCUGCGCCCUCUACGCCCUCCUCGGCCUGGGAGCUGUUGCGGCAGUCAUUCACUACAUGGGCUAUACGCCUGGCCUUCUUAUUGUAGGACUGUUUGGAAUAAUGAUUAUGUGGAUGUAUGGCUACUUUUGGAUUACCGGCAUGCUUCUGGUUGCUGGAGGUUGUAUGUGCUCUUUGAAACAUGCACGAUUUGUCAUACCUGUCUUGGCUAUGUAUGCUGUUUAUUGUGUGGCUGUUCGUGUCGGGUGGCUUGGAGUUUUCUUCACGCUGAAUCUCUCUUUUCUGACAAAUGAUCUUCUGAACAAGCUGCUGCAAGGAUAUGAGGGAAGCACGGAAGAGAGACCAUUUGAAGAAAUGAAGGAUUCUGAUCCAGCCACGGAUGCCUUCUUUCGUGGCUGUGAAUAUCCCCCUGCUCCUGAAAGUGAACCAGAGACCGUGUCGUCUGCAAAGCCCUUUUGCGCAGCACCUACCCAAGACGUGUUACAUGUACAGAAGGAGCCAUCUCCUAGUAAAAUAGUGAAAUCAAACUCUACUUCGUUGGACGAGAUGAAGAGGAUAAUGGAUGGUUUGACCUAUUAUGAUGUUUUGGGCAUCCCUCGGAGCAAAAGCAUCAAUCUGAUCGAAUUGAAAAAGGAAUACAGAAAACUGGCAGUUCUUGUCCAUCCUGAUAAAAACAUGGGGAAUCCAUUGGCGUGCGAGUCAUUCAAGAAGCUUCAGUCAGCUUUUGAGGUACUCUCAGAUUUAACGAAGAAAAAUGGCUAUGAUGAACAGCUGAGGAAAGAAGAAUCACGGCAAAUGACUCAGAGAUCACGUGUUGUCUCUCAACCGAGUGGGGUAGAGUUUCUCUCUGAGGAGUCCAGGCGUAUACAGUGCACAAAAUGUGGUAAUUUUCAUUUAUGGAUAUGUACCAAGAGAAGCAAAGCAAAAGCAAGAUGGUGCCAGGAUUGUUCCCAAUACCAUGUUGCCAAGGACGGAGAUGGGUGGGUGGAAAAUAGAUAUUCUGCAUCCUUGAAGAUAGAAAUACCAAGAGCUUUUGUCUGUGCGGAGAGUAAAAUAUUUGAUGUAUCUGAGUGGGCUACUUGCCAGGGAAUGGAGUGCAAACCAAACACUCAUGGUCCAACUUUUAUGGUGAACAUGGUUGGUGCGGAUAGGAUGCCUCAGCGAUCUCACAGUUCUCGGUAUCCCUUUAGCCUGGACGCCGAGAUGAUCCCCGAAGACGAAUUUGAGCUGUGGCUUCAGCAGGCAUUGGCGACGGGCGUCUUCUCUGACAGCCCAAAACGAAGGAAAAGCUGGAGCCCCUUCAAACUGCCUCAGAAAGGUAUCAGAAGUUGGCGGCGAUCGUCAUGAGGGUGUGACGUUAAAUAGCAUGGCUACAUGGGGCCUCAGAUGGUAGCAACAUUGGGAAAAAGGCAAUAAUACAAGGGUUUGUAUUUGUAAAUAGACUGACCAAAAAAAUUUGCCUGGACGAGCAACUAAUUUUGUCCGAAAAGAGAAACGACAAGUAAAAGGAACUCUUAAAUGAAAAGACAGUGAACCUGACUGAGUGACUGUUGAAAUUACUUUUCUCUGCCAUGGGUUCCCACGAGUUGUUUCAGAGAAAGACCAGGCAUGGAGUCGAAACACGAGUAGCUCUUCGGUGUGCGAACUCCAUCAGUGCAGGGAUCGAUGACGAAAAGAAUGGUGACCUGGAUUACAGGAGCAAAUUCUGCGGGUGUUGCGCUGCUCUUUCUGAAACAUCACUGAAGGGAAGAUGCUCUGUUCAUGGAAGCAGCAAGUUUUGUGAAGCUCAUUCUGGAGAAGAGAAGGGGGAAAAGGAAGAAACCUGAAAAGAGAUGGCAGAAACUGGCUGCUGUGUAACCAUGGGAAACCCUGCAUGAGAAAUGCAACUCACUCACUGCUCUGUAACAUUAUACCCUGAUAAUACUAACAUCCUGUGGAAAAACUACCAUAAUCCAGGUUUGUCCUGUGACACGCCAUGUGCCGCGCUCUGUAACAUUUCGAGGGGGUAAUAGUGAUCUUGUCCUGGAUUGUCUCCUAAUUAGUACUAUUUAUGUUGCUGGUUAA